AUGGUCGCUGCCGCAUUGACCGUCUCGCUUCUAGGUGCACUAACAUCGACUCAGCUCAUGAGUCAAGCGCGCAAUGCGCGCACUUUUUCUAGUGUUUUCAUCUGGACUGUCUUGGGCUGCUUGACAUUUGGGUUCUGCGGCGUCUGGUGCUUGCAUUUUCUUGGCAUACUGAGCUGCGAAUUCGAUGUAGCCAUCGGCCUUAACCCCUUUCUGACAAUACUCAGCGCUGUUCUUGCGGUAUUUUUCACUUUCGGCGCACUAUCUACACACCUUGUCCAGAAAUACCAGCGACGAUGGGUUCAAAAGCACUUUGACGUUGAAGGCCCUGUGACCGCUGUCGACCACCAUCUAGGUCCCGAAUUAGGCCGUCGAGAAAGCCUGGAGCGUCCCUUUCGGUCGUCUCUUGAGCUCUCACGGGGUCGGACUCGGGUCUUUACAACCGACAGUGGGCCGUCGGAUUGGACGGGAGAUGGCAACAUUCACGAUGGUACGUCCAGCACAGGCGCAAGCUUGGAAUUGGAACGUCGCCUUCUCGAUCCAAAUAACAGCUACAGUUUGCAUAGCAACAAUACCUCUUUGACGGCUGUGCCACAAUCUCAGUCAUUGCUAUAUGACAAUCCAGAUGAUACCGGCACUUUACGUACUAGAAGGCAAAGAGAGAACUUAGUUUCUGCACGUUCUGCCCCGACGCUCGGCAUGCUGCUCAUCACUGCUAACGCGCUAAUCAAUGGUCUGACAUUCGCCAAUAUUGUCAAGGGCUUCAUAUGGUCAAUCGCGCUCACGAAUAUGCAUUUCAUGGGCGUGAAGGCAAUGGACAUACCCGGUGGUUUCGUGAGCCUCGAUCCGCUACGUGUCAUGUUGUGUGCUUUGAUCAGCUGGUCUGUAUGUUGUGUCGGUGUCAUCCUAAUGGCUGGUAUGGAGGUCAACAUCAAACAACAGGUCGUGUUUUCAGUCGUAGCAGCCACAGGUGUUGCUGCAGUGCAUAUCUCAGGCAUGUACGCAUGUUCUUUCUGGUCUACGGAAGCACCAGCAUCGAGCACUAGCUACCCUAUCGAGUUACCGGUCACAAUUGCUAGUGUCGCACUUCUCACCUGCUUAGCUUCUACUGGCCUAUUAGCACAUUCUGCAACUGUUGCUCGAGAUAAGUUGACUGACGUUCUUUACACGAGAAGACGGCUAUGGGCUGCAAUCACGCAGAAGGAGAACGCGGAAUCAGCUGCCGCGGCGAAAGGUCAAUUCAUAGCCUCCGCAUCUCACGAAAUUCGAACUCCUUUACAUCAACUACAAGGUUACGCCGACCUUCUUGCGCAAUCGGAACUAUCAGAGGAGGAUCGACGACUUUUGCAUGCUAUUCAACUUGCAACUAGAUCACUGGCGAUGAUCACAAGCAACGUCCUAGACUGGUCCCGACUCGAAAGUGGCGAGGCCAUCUGCCGCCCCGUUGCAGUCGACAUCCGAAUUGCCUGUGAAUCGGUUGUCCACGUCCUCCCGAAAAACGAAGAUAGCGCAGAGACGGAGCUAAUUGUUCUCGUUGCACCUGAAGUGCCGAUGUCUGUCGUCAUCGACGAGACAUAUGUGCAGCGCAUUUUGAUGAACUUGCUCUCGAACUCCCUCAAAUUUACUGCAUGUGGAUACGUGAUGCUACUUAUCCGUCUAACAAAGGGCGUCCUCCACGUGACUGUGGAAGACUCUGGCUGCGGCAUACCAAAAUCUUUUCAGCCACAGCUUUUCGAACCUUACAAGCAAGUUCAGGCCCGAGGAGCAGAACGCGGGACUGGACUUGGCCUUAGCAUUGUCAAACGACUCUCAGAAAGGAUGCAAGGUAGCAUUACUUUUGAAAGUAAGUAUCAACAGGAUCCGGGUGUUGGAGUCGCAAACAGUGGCAGCGUUUUCUCUCUGGCAAUUCCCAUCGCCGACCCGGUAUCCUUCUCGUACCAUCUGCCACUUAAUCCACUACAGGGAGUGCGAGUUCUUAUCCUGCACGAUGGCAAAAAUCGUGCUGUUGAGGGCUUCAUAGCCGCUUGGAAAUUGUUUGGGGCGGAGGUCUGCGCCACAGAAGGAGUCAUGGACAUUACGAGUGAUAACGGCAUUAUCAUUUGGGCAGACCUAAUGGUCUUGCAGAAGCGCCACGAUUUUUACAGCCAUAUGAUAAGGCAACAACAAAACAUGUUACUCAUUCCAUAUAGAGACCAAGCCUUGUUAGAGGAGGUCCUGGGGACCACGCCUCCAACGAACGUACUACCCAUUCGGAAGCCCCUUAUAUGGCAUGACAUAGUGCAGACGGUGUUGGAUAUACGAGAGACCAAAGGUACACAAGAACUAGGCAGCGGCGUCAAAGCCGGUUCAGCAACAUUUGCAACAUUUGCUGCUAGCUCAACAAGUGGAAAAAUGCGCAUUUCGGCAAACGAAAGCCGGAAACAGACUCCAAGAGCAGGGAAAAGGACAAUAUUACUGGUCGAAGACAACAAGAUAAAUCAACAACUUGGCGCAAAAAUGUUGAAGAUGCUCAACUACGACGUGCUUUUAGCAGAGGAUGGCCAGGAGGCGGUUGACAUUGUCAUGAAGUAUUCUCGGACUAUAGAUGCGAUACUAAUGGAUCAAUCGAUGCCCCGAAAAGACGGAAUUACUGCCACGAGGGAGAUACGUGGGUUGGAAGCUGUUGGCCGUCUCGUUGGACGACAGACAAUCAUUGCUGUUACUGCAGCUGCUGGGCCAGAAGCUCAAGCCCAGUUCCUAGAGGCAGGGACUGACAUCUUUCUGUCGAAACCGUUGUCUUUGGCAAAGCUUGAGCAAACUUUGUCUGUUUGCCUCGGUGGAUAG